CAGAAGAAGGGACUGUUUACAGUUUGGGAACCGGUAAUGGAGUCAGAUGAUGGCGAUGAAAUGCAAUGGCAAACAGUCGAACAGAGAAAGUGGGGCGGGAAGAACCUGUAUUACAAAAUGUACUGCAUUAAAAUGGAGCAGUUUCCAGCAGACGUUCACAGAUUUUGUGAUCCUGAGUUGCAACAUGGGCGAAGAGGAGAGCUGGUUCAUCUACUGAGGAAUGUUGAUGAAUUGAGUUGCCAAAAACUGCAAAUUUUAUUUUCUUUUUCUAUUCCAAAUCUAGAAGCAAUUAAGUUUAUUGCAGGUUUAAAUCAGCCUGUAGUUUCAGCUGGUGCUGGAACCGGAUACUGGGAGUAUCUUCUUCAGAGCCAAGGAGUAGACCUGAUAUCAUUUGAUACAAAUAAUAUUUAUCCACCAGAAAUGCGGUAUUCAGAGAUUUUGACCAGCGGCCCUGAAAUCCUUGAGCAGUUUCCUGACAGAGUGCUUUUUCUGGCCUGGCCAGACAUAGACGAGUCUUCAACGUUUUCUCUUGAUUGCUUGAGCUAUUUCAGAGGGGAUAUUAUCCUUCAUACUGGGGAGUUACUGGGUGAAACACUGUCAGCCAAUUACUGGGGACAGUCAACGUCUCGCAAUUUCCAGCUGGCACUUGCAGAAGAUUUCUGCUGCAUGAGCAGAAUUAAACUCCCAAACUGGCCAGGCCACUUGGACUCCUUAACCAUGUGGAAAAGAAAGAACCCUCAAUCAGUUGUGUGUGAUGGAGCAAAUUUUCAUUAUGUCAAUCCUGAGGACAGAAUGUAUUUAUAAUGAUUAAUUUAGAUAAUUUUGACCAUAAAUCAAUCUCCCUCAGGGGAAGGGUGCAUUUCAUUUAAAUGUUGUCAGUGUACAUUGAAGCAGCUGGUUAUAAAGUUUUUUUGAACUCUUGCUGAAAAGCAAAAUGUAAUUCGCAGUCAGAGAGCUAAGAUGCUUGUGAUACUGAGAACAUAAUUACUUGUGGUUGAUGUGCUUCAAGCUUCAUGACCAAUUGCUCUUCGCUGGCUCAUUUCAACAGAAUCCACCAAAAUGUUCUAGCUGUCUAUUAUAUUUCAUAACUUAAAAGCCUGAUGAGUCUCUCCUGUUGACCAGAUGUCAAAUUUUAAAACAAGCGAUUCCACGGGGGUAACUUGAGCCAAAGAGAGGGAAACAUUUUUAUGACUUUUAUUUGAGUAUUUCAAUAGCCGAACUGAUUGUAAUGAGAUGUUAAACCGAUUACAGUACACAGAUUAUUGUUCUACUACAGAAUGUAGUACAAGUAUACCCAUAGAUUUCCUUUGCAGGCCCUCCCACUGUGCUGUGUUGAUCUGUUGCUUUACUCCUGAAUGCGGCGGAGUGACUGGAUCUGGAAAGUUUGAGCAUGGGAUCCCCACUCUCUCCAGUGCUUGUACUCUCCAGCAUGGCGAUCACAUUCCAUAAUAUACUGGAAGCCACGAUAUCCUGGGUACUGGUAGCACACCCAUCUGAGCCAGAAAAACAGCAUUCUUUACUUAAAUGAACUUCAAAUUUACGUUACGUUGCAUAAACAUGAACCAGACCAUAUAGCUACAGAUGCAUUUAUGUGUCAGAGCAUCUAAGACUGGAUUAUGAGUGUUCAGUGACUACAGAAGCAACAGCUCGAAUAACUCUCUGGUUAUUUUUGAACUAGUUAGAAUUGAUUAACCAAGUUAUUUUCUUCCCCUAAGAUAAAAUGCUAUUUUAGAAAUAGCAAACCUGACAAGACAUCAAGCUGCUAAAUGUACAAGAUUCUACUGAAUCCAGUGAAGUAUCCCUCCUUAAGUUCCAAUGAACUAUCUUUACUGAAAACACUGUACAUGAGAAGGAAUGGUUCAGAGGGGUAUGGGCCAAAUGCACGCACAUGGAAUUAGAUUAAUUUAAGUACCUGAUUGGCAUGGAUGCCUUGGACCGAAGGGUCUGUUUCUGUGUUGUACAUCUUUAUGACUCUAUGACACUACUUACGCGCCAGUUUGAACCUUCAUGGAUCCGACUUCAUUGUUACACCACCCCAUGGCUUGCAAAGAGGGGUAGUCGUCACACAUCUCCCAGUGUCUUCCAAUGAAGUUUUCCUUCUCAAAAAUGACAAUUUUGGACUCUUUAUGAUGCUAAAGGAAAAUGGUAUAUAUACAUUCUGAGUGCAUUUGAAAACGCUGUGUUACAUUUAUGGGUGAAGAGUUAAGAAGUACUUGGUAUACAUCUCCGUAAUUCAAUAUUUUGUAUUUGUCACUAAAAUCUAAGUUUCUAUAAUCUUUCCUUGCAGCAUCUCGCUUUACUCCUGAGAAUAAAAUUGCUAUUCCUGUGCCCUUUUACGUUCAGUUAUAUUAUCUGGAGCAUGCUGACUGCAUCCAAAUACACCUUGUUGUUAUGAAUGCACCCAUCUGGCCAUAAAAAUUUAACACAGUU